UUCAGCCUAUGCAAAUGCAGGCCAUACACUUGAGAUAGCAAAUGGAUUUGGGUCCUCAUCCAGACGCGGCAAGGGCGCCGUCCACUCCAUCCCGCAGCAGCAGCAGCCAUGUCGCAUCGGAUCCUCAACACCUCCAAGCCCACGCUGCCGCCGGCGCCGCCGCCUCAGCUGAUCCACCACCCGCCCCAGCAACCGACAGCACCGAAGCUCGGCCGCCGUGCCGCCGCGGUCGCGGUCGCCAUCGCCGCCUCACCGGCGCUUCUUGGCGCCGUCUCCCCGUCCGCCCGGGCGCAGGAAGCGGCAGCAGCAGCGUCGGCCUGCAUCGACGAGCUGCCGAUCACGGCCAAGGCGUUCCUGGACGUGUCCAUCGGCGGCGAGCCGGCGGGCCGCAUCACGGUGGGCCUGUUCGGCGACGCGGCCCCGGCCGGCGCGGCCCGGUUCCUGUCGCUCGCCACGGGCGUCGGGUACCGGCGCAAGGAGUUCGUGAAGGUGGUGCCGGGGUACGUGCAGCACGCCGGCGUGGUCUCGUACCCGGUCAUCCCCGCGGUGACCGACCGACUGGCGGCCGAGAUGGAGGCCGCGCGCGCCCGGUGCGGCGGCGGCGCGGGCGGCACGAUGAACGCGGCGGGGGCGGUGUCGAUCGUGGUGCGGGACCCGAGCCUGCCGCCGCCGAAGCCGAAGCUGGUGGCGCGGGGCGGGCGGCUGAAGAUCGAGGAGGAGCAGGUGGGCGUGGUGCCCAACGGCACCGAGUUCGUGAUCGCCACCAGGGACUCCCCCGAGCUGGACGCGUCGGCGUUGGUGGUGGGCCGCGUCGUCGCCGGCAUGGACGUCGUCGGCAGGAUCGCCGCCGUGGCCACCGUCAAGGACAACACCGGCUCGGCCUACUUCAAGGUGGCCAAGCUGAUCGGGGACAAGAGAGCGGUGGUCGCAGAGCGAGGGUUCAACCGCCCUUACACCAAGAUCCUAGUAACCAAUUGUGGAAUCCUUGAGCAGUAGUAGUAGUGGAAUAAGCAAGAUAUAUAUACUUGAGAUUCAUGCAUGGCUUCCUUUCUCUUUUUCAUUCUUUCCUGUCGUCCACAUUGCAACCAGUCUUAGAUCAUGCAAGGACAUGCAAGAACAGUGGAAUGUUGCACAUGGAGUUGAGUCUUGUUUUUGAUAA